GCGCGGGGGUCGGGGCGCCAUGGUGCUGAGCCCGGUCAUCGGGAAGCUGCUGCAGAAGCGCGUGGUGCUGGCCAGCGCCUCCCCGCGCCGCCGGGAGAUCCUCAGCCACGCGGGUCUCCGGUUCGAGGUGGUUCCUUCCAGGUUCAAAGAGAAGCUUGAUAAAGCGUCCUUCCCCACGCCUUAUGCCUACGCCAUCGAAACAGCCAAGCAGAAGGCCCUGGAGGUCGCCAGAAGGAUGCACCAGAAGGACCUCCGGGCCCCCGACGUUGUCAUCGGAGCGGAUACCAUUGUGACCAUCGGGGGGCUGAUUCUGGAGAAGCCGGUGGACAAGCAGGACGCAUACAGGAUGCUUUCCAGGUUGAACGGGAAGGAGCACAGCGUCUUCACGGGCGUCGCCAUCGUCCACUGUUGUACCACAGACGCGCAGCUCGACUUGGAGGUGUCCGAGUUCCACGAGGAGACCACGGUGAAGUUCUCUGAGCUGUCGGAGGAGCUCCUGUGGGAAUACAUCGACAGCGGGGAGCCCAUGGACAAGGCCGGUGGCUACGGGAUCCAGGCGCUGGGCGGCAUGCUGGUGGAGCACGUGCGCGGAGACUUCCUCAACGUCGUGGGCUUCCCCCUGAACCACUUCUGCAAGAAGCUGGUGGAGCUGUACUCCCCGCCCCGGCGCGAGGACCUGCAGCGGGUCAAGCACGACUCCAUCCCCCCCGUCGACACCUUCGAGAACCUGAGCGACGUGGAAGGGAGCGGCUCCGACCCCGCUCAGGGCGAUGACCGUGGCGGCCACGGGAGGGCAGAGGCGGACGGGGACAGGACACCGGCUCCUGCUGGCACGCAGGGAACAGACUCGAACGGGACAGGGGAGAGCCCGCCCCCCUUCCCAGCGGGCCUUCUGGAACUCAUAGACGGCUUUAAAGCAUCAAAGGCCCUGUUUGUGGCUUGCAAGCUGAAUGUGUUUGAUGUACUAAAAGAGGACGCCCCGCUGAAGGCCGUGGAUAUCGCAGGCAAAAUCGAUGCCUCUGUGUGUGGAACUGAACGGCUCCUGGAUGUCUGUGUGGCCCUGGGAUUGCUGGAGAAGACAGACAGAGGUUACCGCAACACGGAGCUGGCCGACGUGCACCUGGCGUCGGACGGCGAGUAUUCCCUGCACGGCUUGGCCAUGCACAGCCACGACCACUUUUGGAGCCGCUUCACGGACCUGGAGCUCGCCGUGCGGGAGGGAGCCAGCGUGGCUUUUGGGAGGAAGACGGAAGAGCCCGUUCAGAGCAAGCACAAGACGCUGCAGUUCAUGAGGGCCAUGCACGGCCUCGCCAUGCUGACGGCACGCCAGGUGGCCACCGCCUUCGACCUGUCCCGGUUCACCUCCGCCUGUGACCUAGGAGGCUGCACCGGCGCUCUGGCCCGAGCGCUCACCCAGGAGUACCCGCGUCUGAAGGUGACUGUGUUUGACCUCCCGGAGGUCAUCGAGCACGUCACGUGUGUUCAGCCCGAAGGCCGGCGGACGGACCGGAUCCGCUUCGUGCCAGGUGACUUUUUCAAGGACGACCUCCCGGAGGCAGACCUGUACAUCCUUUCCAGAAUUCUGCACGAGUGGCCGGACGACAAAGUCUGCGAGUUGCUGAGCCGCGUCUCCAGCCGCUGCAAGCCGGGCGGCGGCAUCUUGGUGGCUGAGAAGGUCCUGGAGGACAAGCCAGCGGCACGGGGCAGCCUGCCGGCGUCCUUGAACCUGCUGGUGCGGACCCAGGGGAGGGAGCGCGGCCUUCCCGAGUACCGGGGGCUGCUGGAGCGCCACGGCUUCGGGGACGUGCGGCUCGCACACGCGGGGGACAGGCUGGACGUGAUCCUGGGCACCAGAGCCUCGCCACCCUGAGGCCCCCGGCAUGAGACGCUGCUUUCCCAGGAGGCCGACGCGGGUUCCUGUCCCCAGGGUCGGCCACCAGGUACCACCAGGACCGACAGCGUCUCAGCAACCGUGGAACCACACAGAAUAAAGCAGCAAAAUGCACCUGCUCCACGCUCGUUUGUGGGUCCCAAGAUGGGGCAGGCCGUGCCCGGAGGUGGGCAACACCGCCCGAGGACCCGUCCACCCCAGGACCUACCUACAUGGCUGGCUCUGCAGCAGGAGUCAGCCUGCGGCCACCACCUGCUUCACGCCUGUUCUAGACAUGUGUGUCCGUGUGACUCCCGGCCGCUCGGCCCCGCGGGACACCUGCCCUGGGCCGGGUUCCUGGGGCGCCCCGUCUCCUACCCUUUCCGCCCGGAUGCUGGGAGCAGGGCCGCGGCCUCCCCCCGCGACCUUGCCCAGCUCACGUCUUGAAGAAGCGGGUUCGCCUCCGCGGGCCGCCGCGUCGAUCCGGGCAAGAGGACGGCGUCCAAUCCGCGUCCGGUUUCUCACUCACCUCUCUCGAGUAUGUUCCCUGAGUUACCUCGUUGUCUGAAAGAGGGCAGGUGCGUCCCUGUUCUCUCGUGGGGGGCAGCAGCAACUGCGUACGACCCGCCAGCCGUCUGUCCUUGACGUUACGGGAUGAUUCGAGAAACGACCCCGGCGGGUCCGACAGGGGCCGCGUUCGGCGAGGCCGGCCUGGCCGCGUUCUCUGCCCGUGCUUGCCGGCUCACAGCCCCCUUCCGGGGCGCCGGGCGGGCUCGGGUGGCCGACUCCGCUCGCCUUCGACUCAGCUCGCGAUCUCAGGGUCGUGGGAUCGAGCCUCGUGUCUGGCUCUGUCCUCAAAGGGGAGGCUGUUGCGAUCCCGUCCCUCCCCUCCUGCCCCUCCCCCAGGACAGGCAUCUGCGCUCUCUCUCUCUCUUUCUGUCUCUCCCAAAUAAAUCUUUUUAAAGAGUAAUAAUAACAGGAGCGCCCAGAGGGGCUCUGUCGGAGAAGCGUCUGCCUCCAGCUCCGGUCAUGAUCCUGGGGUCCUGGGAUCGGGUCCCGCCUCGGGCUCUCCGCCCAGCAGGCCGUCUGCUUCUCCCUCUGCCUCCCUCCGUCCCGUACAGGCGCUUUCCGCCUCCCUCUGUGUCACAUAAGUGAAUCAAGUCUUUUUAAAGUAAUUAAUAUUGAAAACCAGUAAGAGUCAAAAUAAAACACUGUACGUUUCUUCAACAUAGACAAAUCUAUGCAGAUUAACGCUCCCUGUGUAGGAAGCUAUUUUACAAAACAAUGCAGUAUGUGUCUUUUAUACGGAAUUCUGGAGGUAUAUACUUAUAAUGCAAAUUCUAUAUAUUGUGUAUUAUAAUUAUAUGUAUCUGUUCCGCGCAAACAUAAAUGCAUACUUUUGGUGGAA